UUUGCAUGUUGUGUUGAAAAAUGGAAUGAAAUAAUUUUGGACGAAAGCUAAAAUAGAUCAAUACUAAUUUAAGAGAAUCACGCGAUAUGAUCGAGCAGAAGGAUAACCAGGAGACUAACAGAAAUGAUAGCAGUCAAAGUAACAUGAAAAGAAAGGUAACAGAAACUAAUAGCUCUGGAUCAACACAAAAGAAUAUCACAGCUGAGAAGCAGGCUGAAAAAGGUGUAAGUAACGUAGAUGAAAUCAAUAUCAAUAGAGAAGAUUACUUACAAAUAUAUAAAAAUCUUCUAAACGAAGUAAAUCAGCUACAAAUAAAAAAUAGUCUAUUCCAUCGACGGUUGGCUGAAUAUUUCAGAAAGCGACAUUUAGAACAUGUUCUGAAACCGAUAGAUUCAGCAGAGUUAGAGGAAAAGUAUCAGCAAAAAUUAAUGGCUUACGAGGAACUUACACAGAAAGAAGAAAAGGAAUCGACCGAUAUAAAACUAAAGCUGGACGCUGUUGAAAUUCAUUAUAGAGGUACAUUAGAGCAAGUACAGAAAAGUUUUGAUGUCUUACAAGAAUACGAACGAUCAGCGGGUACUGGGUUAAUUUUGUCAUCUAAAGGAAAACCAAUAUCAGAUAAGAUGGUAGAGCGACUUCUUACAUUGCAAAGACGUAAGACCGAACAAGCGUCAGCACUGUGUUUGCGUUACAUAAGAGCUCGUAACGCUGUGGCGGAACUAGAAACUAUUGUUCAUAAACUUGAAAGAUUAGCUCCAGGGCUGUAUGUAUCUCAGUACGAGCAGCUCAAUUUUGAACAUCAAAAUUACAAGAGUAAAAUUGAAGAACGCGAGGAUGAACUCAUAAAAAAUCGUAAGAAGUGUACAGAGCACAAUCAAAUAUUGGCUCACAUAAGAGAGAAAAUGAAUCACACAGAUGAAAUUAUCGACAUAGCUGAAGGAGAACUAGGCGAUGCACAGGUCGAAUUCAUGAGAGCGAGAGAGAAAUUAGGUGAAACUAAGUCUCGUCGAGAUAAACUGCGGUGGGCUCUUGAGGAGGAGAGACUGAAGGCUGGUUUGCUCACAAAGAAGGACAUGUUGCGUGAUUACCAGGAUGCUACUGACGAGGUAUCGAAAUUGAAAGAUAAAAAAGAUGUCCUUCAGAAAGCUAUAGGCGAGAAAUUUCAACAGAUCCAAGAAGCCAGACGAAGGAUGAAAAUAUACGAGUGUCAAGAGACUCUUUAUUAGAUUCAAAAUAACUUCCUACAAAAAACAUAUUUUAUUGGCUAUUGCCUAUUGGUUCGUUUCUAUUCGUAUUCGUUAUCUUGUUAUAAUAUUUAAAAUAAUUUGUAUAU